AUGCGGCGACCGGGAGCUCCGUUUCGGCCCGGAACACGGCGGCUGGGGUCCCUGCGUGAGGUUCUGACCAGGCCACCGGGCAUGUCUGCUGCCAGCUUCGUCCUACGAAAACUCCAGGUCUCUGCCUCGAAGCUGAAGUUGCCGGAGGGGGAGGAUGCGGUCAUGCAAGACGCCCUGACCCAGCUCUCGGAGGCGGCGGAGACGUGCGAAAGCUCGCGCGACGAGGCAGUUCCGGAGAUCCUACAAGAAUCUGCUAGAUGGCUCUUUCUUUGGCUCGCGGUGCUGCCCUUCAUCUUACCGACGCAGCUGCAGGUGGGCGUGGUUCUGGCGCAGCAAGUCCUGGCCUUUGGGCUGCUAGGCAUAGAAGAUGUUGCCAUUCAGCUUGAGGAGCCCUUUGUGCUUCUUCCAAUGGAAGGGCCUUGCUCAGCUUUGGCGAAGGAGUGUCAGGCACUGCGAAGCAACUGGAGAAGGAUGCGCAAGGGCUCCGAGCCGCGCAAGAUGCCGGCGACCCCGCGGAAGUAUCCUGUGCUAUUUCCUCGACAUGAUCGAAUCUACCCUUGCUACGAGGAUGAGUCGAAGCCUGGAGAGGAUGAUGAAGUGAUUCUGCUCUAA